ACACGCCCUGAUUGUCUGACGACGACUCCACUCGCUCUGUGGGUAUCGAAGAUAUGGAUUCGUACCGCUACUUCUAUUUUCGGCAUCGACCUGUGUAUUAUAUAUUUCUGUAUCGCAACAUAACGACAUGGUAAUAAGGAGUGAACUGGCCGAUACUUCUGACAGUUUUUUUAUUUAAGAGUCACACGAUUCCGGUACUGUAAACUCCUUAAGUAAACAAAUAUGUUAUAUCUAUAUGUGUGAUGAUUCUUACGAGACGUGCCUUCACCGUUCCAUCCACACCCCUUUCCUCUUAACUUUUUUUUUUAAUACGGUUCGUGUAUUUUGUGCUUAUAUUUAUGAUCCGGUUAAGGUCCAUAAAAAGUAGUCUAGUCUCACAAGCAGAACUAUUUAACUGUUGGGAUCAAUGCGGUACUUAUUGAGAAUGUGUAGACGGCUCGAGUUACAAUGUGUGUGUGUGUAUUGACUUCUUAAGGAAUAAGGAAGUGCUACUAGAACAACAACCAAUAAGCAACUCUAUACAAAUGUUUUGUCCACACGAAAAUGUUGACUGUAUACUGUGACUGUGUAUUGCGCUCAUGAAUCAGCAUUUAAUACACAUAAGCUACAACUAUCUAGUCUAGAUCUAAGACAAGUCGAUCUAUAGAUCUAGAUCUAAGCGAUUUGUUUUUUUUUGUUUUUGGUUUUGAGCUUUCAAAGGAAAAGAUAGGAGGAAAAUGAUCAGAGACUUAAGUGUUUGGAUUUCCCUCUUGUUCCAGCUGACGUGUCUUAAUAUACCAGGGGUUCUUGCAGAUGAAAGUAGAACAGCACUUAUAGCCACUGGCUGUGUUGCUGGAGGUCUACUUCUGAUCGCAAUUGUUAUUAUCGGGGUCUACUGUGCUUUCAAACAUAUACGUAAAAGAGAAAAAAAGCCUUUACCUACAAUCAAUGGAGACUACUUCAACGCUGGAAUGUAUCGGAUGCCCACAGAGACUCCAGUGGACACACCCGUCAGGGCGCCAUCAGAAGUGAGCCCCAAGACGAAAGCUUACACCCAUCACGCAGCCCACGCCCGCACCAGGCAGCCCUUAACUUUCUACACCCUCAGAGCUGAGCCCCGGGCCAUGAUGGACGCCCCUGGAAUGAUUCCCAUUGGGCCGACGCAGUCUUAUCGUGGGCCACCUCCCAUUGGCAGGCCCGUUAUAUUUUUAGACUGGGCCGGAAGUAAAGGUCAAUUUGGACACUUUAUGUCUCCCAACAGACAUUUUAUAUAUCCCAAUGGCGGUACUAUGUACCAUUAUGCGAAUGGAGGAGCUCCAUUAAUAGAUCAAGAAACUGAUGAGGAAAGAGACGCCAAUAGGCGCCGAAGUUCCAAGAGUACCAAAAAGCAUAAAAGUCGAUCUAAAUCAAGGUCGAGGUCACGAGAUCCUGAGAGAUCCAGUCGUCGAAGCAGUCAUGACGAGGCUCCGAUUGUGGCAGAGCCUGGAGAUAUCAUCCUGCAGGCUAAAAAAGAAGACCUGCAGCCCUUCGUUCCUACUGGCAAGAGAAAGCAUAGCCAUGACAGCAAUAACAAUCCUUUGGCCUAUCACUUUGUCAACCCCCUGGCCACAGAAUACAUCACGGCUACCAAUCAGAGCAACUUUGUGCCUGAAGGAGGUCGUUAUUCCAUCACUCAGGUCCCAAGCUCAAGGCCCCAGCAACCAUCCAAUGGUCGUGGCAAUUUUCCGGAGCCGGUGCUGCAGGAAAGAUCGAUGAAUUUCAGUGACGAAGAUGCAGAUGACGAAGGCGCUGGAGAUGUUAAGGAAAUACCUUUUGUGCAGGGGCCGAAUGUCUUCAGCGACCAUGCCCGUGUCUCUCACGUUCAGAGGUCAGAGAGUCUCAGUUCAACACCCAGAGAGGACUAUUCAAUCACACCUCAGGCUUCACUGAUUAGGAAAGACUCUGGACCUGGAAGCAACAUGGGUGAUGUAGCCUUGCGAAAUCAAAGCAGGCAAGAAAUAACUUCGUCUCACAGGCAAGAUCCAACUUUAGCAAGGCCGCCGACCCCACCCUUGCCCCACACGAGGGCUCGCACCCCUCCUUACGAUGGCUCUCUGCCAAUAUCCAAUCACGAUGAUCUAUAUUUAGCGCAAAGAAACACGGGUGGAGUUCGGGCGCCUUCGCCUCCGCCAGAUAUGUCAUCUUCAGAUGAGGAGGAUGCGCCAUAUAAAUAUCAACAAGCUGUGAGGCCACCAACACCCCCUCCUCUUCCUCACCAGUUUGGAAGCUCUAAACCAACGUCAUCAAUCCAGAACACGGCAAAGACGACAAAUAACUCCAUGGACAUCGAUGACAUUCUGAAGUUGGGAGACGCUCCAAGAAAACCCUCUUUGGUGGAGAGUCACAGUACUGGAAGCGAGUCUUCAUCGGAACUUCCUUUCAUGGCUGAGCUCAGAAAGAGGCAGAAAUCUGUCGAUGCACCCAUCCCAGCCGAGAGCGCCUUCAGGGCUGUCAAGUCCACCAUAUCUAAUAGCAGCCACGGGGAGAGUGACAGUGAGAGCCCAGUACGGCCAUCAAGACUAGGAUUUGGACACAGGCCAUCGACUGUACAGUUUGCCAAUGACCCCCCAGAGAUCAUCCCAGAUCAAGAUGUGCCAGAGAGCCCUAGAUCCCCUGAGACUGAAGACAUUUUAUCAUUUAAUGCCCCGCCCCAACCUCCCCCACCUCCCCCACCUCCACCUCCCCCUCCCCCACCAACGCUUAGAUAAUCUUGUACAGGUUUGGUUCUAUGUAUUGUUGAUACAUCAUUUUAAGAUAAGCAUAUGUAUGCUUGGUUCUACCUGUACUUAAUACAUUCUUUUAAGAUAAUUGUAAAUAAAGCAGGUUCGGUGUUUAGUUAAUACAUUUUUAUUUAAUAGAAAUGUAAUAUAUUUUGAAAUGUAAGAAUGUGUACAUCUUUUACCAACUUGUGCAAAGAAACGUGUUGUUGUUGUUUUUUGUGAUGGAGAAUAAAAGUGUUGCAUAUUGUAUUUGUGAAAAAAAUUCCUUACUGCUUAUAUUCCGAAUGAGUUUUAUUUUUCUAAAUCUUAAGGACAUUUUGUAACUACUGAAUGGCUGUGAUGCUCACUCAUACCUGUUUUAUUACUUGAUUGAAAACUAUUUAUUAUUUGACCAUAUAUGUAUAUAACAACAUACAGUAUGCCAGUUAAUGUUGUAGUUGUAAAACCAAUACAAUCAAAAGACAUAUUUUAUUGUUUUUACUGUUUUGUUAUCAUGUUUCGGUUGUAAGUACAUGUAUUGUUUGUUCGUGGUCAUUCUUAUUUAGAGUUAUGUGUUUACACAGUCCCAAUGUAAUAUGUAUGUCUUUGAAUAUAGACUUAUCAGUUUUAUAAGAACAGAGUUUCAAUGUAUAAUAUUUAACAACUUGUCUGUUUGACAAACGCCUUAUUUUGCCAAACCAGACAAACUCAAAUUAGAGAGGAAUUUUUCAUUCAUAUAUUUUUAUUCCUAUAUUUUUUAAGGGAAGUAAGCUUGCUCACAUUUUUGAAACCAAAAAUAAAUCGAGUUUUGCCCCUUAGAGGAAAAGUUUGAAUUUAAUGUUUUUACUAUCGUGCAACUCCAUCUGCAAAGUUGGAAUAGUAUAUCUUAUUAAGUCUAAUUGACAGUCCUCUAAUGUAUAUCUUUAUCUAUUUUGAUUGAUUAGGAAUCAGGCAUAAAAACAAUAUUGUAAUUUAAAAAAAAAUUAAGUUAAUAUAGUUUACAGAACAGUGUCCAUGCCCGCUUGAGAAGGAAGGCGGCUGCAAGGUGGAAUGUAAAUACAUUGCUUGCUAGAAAACGAAAUCUCUUCGGGAAAGUCUAAAAUGGGAAACACAAUCAGCACUUCAGAAAACUUUUGAUUUGAACAUGUUGUUACUUUAGAGAUGUGUCACAACCUAUGGGCAAACUACUUUUAAGUUUGAGUUCCUGGAACACUGAAAACUUGGAAUGUACCACGUUUGUUGUACACCAGAGUUUCAAGUAUUAGCCACAAUAAAGUAUGUUACUAACCAUGCUAUUAGCUAUUUAUUAACCAUGUUAUUAUCGAUGUUAUUAACCAUGUUAUUAUCGAUGUUAUUAACCAUGUUAUUAUCGAUGUUAUUAACCAUGCUAUUAGCAAUGUUAUGAACAAUGUUAUUAACCAUGCUAUUAGCAAUGUUUUGAACCAUGCUAUUAGCAAUGUUAUGAACAAUGUUAUGAACCGUGCUAUUAAAAAUGCUAUAAAUAUGUUAAAAAUUUUUAAUCUAAUUUUUUUUUUAUAGACCUAAUAUUUUUUAUGAUGUGAUUAAAGUGGCGAAUGUUUUUGUUGA